CAGUAUGUUCUGAAUAUGAUUUCUUGGAUGAGUGCUAUGAAGAAAAUGAAAUUUGGAGAUAUGGAAAACAAUGUGAGAAAGCAUCACUGAGGGGGUGACAUUUGAGCUAAACAACAAGGAGCCAGUCAUGGGAGUAUCUAAGGGGUGGAGUGUUCCAGGAGGCAACAGCUAGUGCAAAGGUCCUGAGGUGGAAACAAGGUUGCUGUGUGUGAGGAACAUCAAGGAGGCCAGUGUGAUACAGUGGAGUGAUGGAUUUGGGAUGUUUUAGGGGGAGGAUUCUCACCAUCUUACUUCCUCCCAGUUGGGGAGAAGGGUCACAGGGGUCCAACAGCAAAGGGUGGGCCCUCAGCCUGGCCACUUCCUCCCUUCAGGGGUGAGUGGUACCAUGCCUCCUCACACAACAUGGUGUGACUUGUAUGGAGAGAGGAGGGAGGAGGUAAACUGCAGACAUGCAGCUGCAUUCCAUUUUCACGUGUCCUGCGCCAGGGAGGAACCAUAAUUGUCCUUUCUGUUUUACAAAUGAGAAAAUGGAGGUCAGAGAGCAGGCAAUCCGUUAACCAAAGUUGUAGGCUUAUUAACAGAAAUACCAAUCUUCAGCCUAAGUUUGCCCACUGACCAACAUGAGUGCCUACCUUUAUAGGUGUGUCUCUGCCCUCUUUGGGGAUUCUCAGAGCCCUCAUUGCAAUGCACUCAAGCUGUCCAUCACCCCAAUCCCUGGUGCCAGCAGGUCACACAGGGGUAGGUUCUUGUCCAUGUGCUUGGAGAAGAGAUGACCCAACUUUGGGUCGGGGUCUUUGUGGGUAGAGGCACAGGGCUCCCUUACAUACCUUGGCUGCCAUGUGGGGCAUUGCUGGAGGUGAGCAUGAGGCAGCUUGUCUGGAUAAAGACACCAAGGCCUGUGCGUGUAUGGGAGUGGUAGAGUUCCCCAGGAAAGACCCUGGGCAUUUGUAUUAGUGGAGGUGUGCUCUUGUCUGGGCUCCAUCACCAGCUAGCUGGCCCAUGUGGGUCACUCCACAACUUCCCAUGGCUGAGAGCUGCCCCCUCUAAAUAUAGCCCAGUGGGCUGAGCUCAGGCCUAUUUUAGGCCCAGGCUGGGAGGUGGCCUGCCUUCCCCAGGCUCUGAGGAGCCGCUGCUGCUUCCAUCCUGUCCUCAUACUGAGUGCUAUUAUCAGCCCCCCAGCUGCCCACCGCCCACCAUGCCUGAGGACACCCAAGAAGCAGACACCUUGGCACUAACACCGAGCACGAGGAGCAGGGCGCCACUGGCCCCCAACCACAUACAGGAGGUGCGCCUGCACCAGGUGGAGUCCAUCAGCGACCUACACAGUGGAGGUUCACUGCACCCCUACCUGACUGAGGAGGUGCAGCCAUGGGACGAGCUGCUGGGUAUCUUGCCACCGUCGCUGUGUGCCCAGGCUGGCUGCAGCCCUGUGCACAGCAGGGGAGGCUUCCUGCUGCUCGCAUUGCUGGUGUUCACCUGCCUGGCACUUGCCAUCCUGGCUGUCUACCUGAGCGUGCUGCAGAGUGAAUCCCUCCGCAUGCUGGCGCACACACUGCGCACACAGGAGGAGACGCUGCUCAGACUCCGGCUUGCCAGCCUCAGCCAGCUGCGGAGGCUCAACUCCAGUGAGGCCCAAGCACCCAGCUGAGAUACCACUUGGACCUGGGGCUUGGGUGUGUGUGUGGGUGGGGAAUAAAGUCGCCAUUGGCAGGUUUCUCCUGACCCAUUGUCCCACCCUACUUCCCCGGUGAGGUUUUUGUACAAGAGUCUAACCUGACCCCACAGCUACCUGCCUCUCCUGUCUUCAAGCCAGGCCUAGCCAAGUUUUCUGGUGCCAAGGUCCUGCUUUGGGUGGCCCAAGGUCAGAGGAAGGGAUACCAACCUCCUGGCUCCUUCUGUGGCCUGUCAGCAGCCUCUGGCUUCCAGAUAGGUUCAGAGUCUAGAAAUAGCUGCCCCCCACCCCCAGCUGCCCAAACCUUGCCAGGCCUCCCAGCGGGGGUCCAGCCUCAGUGCUCAAGCAGGCAGAGCUGAGUAUGGGGAGGAGGGCCACCUGAGGAGCUGGUCUUGGAGGUCAAAGGUGAGAUGGAGAUGGGGGAGACCCAGUGUGGUGGUGAAUGGCAGGGCAGGCAGAAACACCCAGGAGCUAAGGGCCACAGAUGGUUGAGCAUUCAGUUUAAUUACCUCUAAUAAUCUUUAAAAAUCAGCAUAUAGAUCCAUUCCAGGUAGCCUGGCCUCCCCACCGGUUUUGGUGGCAUUUGUCCAGAUGCCAUUCCCCUCAAGGAAGUAGGUCACCCCAGGGGAGCAGGGCCCGAGAAAGGAGAGAAAGGCACAUCCCUCCUCCUGCCUGCCCCACAGCCCUGGGACAAGCACACAUCUGGCCUGGCCUGAGACAGGACAGAGAGAAGCACAGGGCUGUGCUGAGGCAAGGGGCCAGGAUACCAAGUGCCCUGGCCUCCAGCCACCACCCCUGUCUGUUUUUGGUUUUGUCAUUAAAAAAAUAAAGCCACAAUUCCUGGCAGGAACAA